AUGCAAGAAAUAUUUAUUAAUCUUAUGAAAACUCUUAAGGGUGAGCAACCCGGAAUAGCAACUAACUGUGAAACGGGAAUGGAUAAGGAUGGACAAGAUUAUGAAGUUUGGGGCAGUGAAGAAAAGGAGCUAUGCAAAGCGAUGUUAAAAGUGAUGUUGUACACCAAUGGACUAACGCAGAAUUUUGCAGUAAGGAAUAAGGUCGAUGGUGAGGAUAUAGUAGACACUUAUUUAAGAUGUUUAGUAGGGACGACAGUAUUAGUAGAUUUAUAUGGAGAGCACUGCCUGUUUAAUAAAGUUAUUGAGCAUGUGUCAGGAAUGGUAGGGGGAACGGUGAAGGACUUGCACCAGAGGCAAAUGACGGAUGAAGAAUGCAGUAGGUUCAGUGUACAGAAUGCACAAAUAGGAGGAAAAUUAAUUAGUAAGACUAUUGGAGAUUGGAUAGAAACAGGGAGAUGGAAGAUAAACGGGAAAGUAGAUAAGUAUGGUUUGGUUAUGAAGGACGCGAAAAGUUGUAACGGUAGUGAAGCAAGUGAAAGAGCCAGGAAGGAAACAAGAGGAGAGAACAUCAAGAAGGAACGGGAAGACAUACAAGAAAAAGUAAGCGGAAUAAAGGAAAUAAUGAAGAAAGGAGAAACAUUAUCCAAGGAAGCUGCAGACCAAGUAGUGAAGAAAAUGGAUCCUAAUGAUAGUGAGGAUGAAAUGAGGAGAAAACUGGAAAGUGAAAUUCAAAGCAGAGUGAAGGAAGAUAAAGCAGAAACUCAGAAGGCAGCACUAUCGAGUAAUCCAAAGCAGGUAGGUGAAGACUGUAAGGGAAGGAGUGGCUUAUGUGAGAAGGCAAAGUGUGUAAUAGGGAAAUGGAAGACAAACGGACGAGGGAAAAAUGAGGAUGAAUUAUGGGGUGACAUUAGCAGGAGCGCCACAAAUAUGUUUACUGAAAUAUCUAAAAGUGGCACAAAUAUUCCAACUUACUGCACUGAUUCAAAUCCAAGUAGUAGAAGAGUUACUGCCCCAGAAAAAAAGGCAUGUCAAUAUAUUAAUUCAGGAUUAGAGCACAUAUACAAACUUCAAGAGGAAGAUGAGGACAAAGAACACAAGAAAGACAACAGAGCGUUUAAACAAACUAUGUUAUGUUUCGUUUUGAACGUUUAUGCAGAUAUGCUGAAAAAGGAGGUGAAAUCCCCCUGUGAGGUGAGUGAGCAAACAAUACAACAAGCAUUUAAGGAAGGAAUUAAUAAGAAGGGUGAAUGGUGUAAGGAUAAUUGUGUUAAGUGUGAAAGGUAUGAAAAAUAUACAGAGUGCCAAAUAAACAGUGGGAAGAUAGGAGACAAAUUAAAAACAAUGAUCGGGGAGGAUACCAACGUAAAAGAAACUCUAAAUACUAUAAGUUCCAUAAAUAACUUAUGUCACCGUUCACAAUGUGUAAUAACACAAUGGACCAGAGACAAAAGGGAUGAGAGGAGCAAAACAAUGGGUCAAGGGAAGGGGACUGCUUGGGAGAGGGAAAGUUGGGACGACAUAAAAUUAAGGAUCAACCCAUUUGCCACCGCCAUGCUUCAGACAGAACCAAGUGUUGACGCUUUAUGCAAAAAAGUUCAAAAUGGAAACGAGGAAGCGUGCAAGCAAAUUGUUGCAGGACUAAAACAUGUAUACAGCACUCAAGGGAAAAAAAACGGUGAAACGAAUGCAAAGGAAAAUAAUAGACUAUUUAAACAAACUAUGUCAUGUUUUAUAUUAAAUGUGUAUGCAGAACUCAUUAAGGAAAAAUGUCAGAACAUAAAAAAUGACAUGCAGGAGUUCUUUAAUGUAAGAACAGAUCUUCAUACAACUGAAUGUAAAGGGGGAGAUACAUGUAAUCAAUGUAAGUGGGAAGAAUGUAAAAAUAUAAAGGUUGGGAAUGGAGAGUUGUGGGGAAGAAUAAAAGGGGAGCUCCAGAACAAUGGCCAAAUAACACAAGCUCUAGAGAAGAUAUGUCCGAAAAAUACAGAUGCUGCAGGGAACAGUACCCAGGACACAACUCAAAGAGUCCAUAUACCCUCCGCAGCUCCUGCUUCUGCAGCUGCGGGACCGGUGGCCACCAAAACAUCUCCGGAACCGAAUACAAAAACGACUGAAAGUACUUUGGGAACGAAGGAUGAUGUAACUUCACAAGGUAAGAAAGCGAAGGAUGCUGAUGGUCCCGUGGGUCCACCUCUCGAUGAAGACAUAAGUGUCCUGCACACGCGCACUAGUGAGGACGAGCAGGAAGAUGUGUGGAUUAAGAUGAACUCAGAUCCAGAAGUUCCGAACUCUGUGAAAGGCCCGGAGGGGCAAGGUCCAAAUGGACAAGCUAGUCCCAUUCCUACUAAUCAAGCUCCAGGUAUGAAUAAUAAGGGUGGGAAUAAAGAAAAAAGAAAGGAAGAAAGAAAGGAACAAGUGUGCACCCUUUGGGUGUACACAAAAGAAAAAAAAAAAGAAAAAGAAGAAAAAAAUUAA